AAUAAAAAGAAAACGGUGUUUUGAGUGUUAUUGGAGCGAACACGACGAUGCAGGCACGGAGGAGGUCCUCCCCAACCUGAACUUCAUUCAACACAAACCUAUCGAAUCCAUUCGCAUUUCGGUAGAGGUGCGUGUCAUGUAUUGCGGCAAGGAAGAGAAGCAAUGGAGUUGGGGAAAAGCUGGGGCUGUCAAUUUGCGAAAACUCAGUUCCAUCGUGCGGGACAUUGGGGAUCCCUGUCUUUCUCAAUCGCAUGUAAAGGUUGUUCUAACUGUAAAGAGAAUGCUAAAGCCAGACAAAUGGAAAGGCAUGUGUGAUAGUGAAGGAAAGGUGUUUGGUUUCAGGAAGGCACUGAAAUUGAUUGUGUUAGGGGGUGUAGAUCCAUCAAUAAGACCUGAAGUUUGGGAGUUUUUACUAGGUUGUUAUACACUGAGCAGCACUGCCGAGUAUCGAAGAAGGUUGAGAGCAGCUAGGAGGGAGCAUUAUAGCGACCUGAUUAAGCAAUGCCAAACAAUGCAUUCAAGUGUAGGAACUGGUUCGUUGGCAUAUGUUGUUGGAUCCAAAGUAAUGGAUAUGAGGACUCCGUCCAAAGAUGAUCGGACAUUGCAAGAUAAAAUAGAGGGAUCAGCUUAUAAUGAUAAUAAUAUUGAAGUAGGAAAAUGUUAUGAUAGGAGCAUUAUUUGUACAGAGGGAGCUGAUGCAACCCAUUGGGAAAGCUCCAAUAAUGUGCUUGACCUAGUUAGUUUGAGAGCAAGCACUGAGAAUGCAGCAUAUGAUUCUUCUGGUCAUCGAAACUCCAGUUCCUCAAAGUUCUGGAGAGAAGAAGAGGAAUUCCAUAGUGUGACUGACUGUAGUUUUGAUUUUCCUCCUUCUCCUGUCUCCAAUCUAUUUGAAAAGAGUGGUAAAGAUAAAAAGUCAGGCAGAGAGUAUGAGGAUAAACUUAGUGCUCUAGACAAAUCAAGAUUUGAAGACGACAAUAUGCAUAGCUUUCGAAUUAGUAACAAUGUAGAGUUAGUUAUUAAAUCAAAUAGCCAACCUCUUGGUACCCUACAUCCCAUGGACUCUGAAAUUGGAAUUGCUUCACCUGACAAGGAAGAACCAGAACAUCUGUCCAAGAAUCAAGUUUAUGAAGCACAGAUGGUAAAUCAACUAAAAAUAUCAGAUGUACCACAGCCAGCAAUGAUAAAAUCCUCAAUUUCUCAAGGUUGGCCUGUCAGUGAAGAGAGAGUAUCAGAAUGGCUUUGGACCUUGCAUAGGAUAGUUGUUGAUGUUGUGAGAACUGAUAGUCAUCUUGAAUUCUAUGAGGACACAAGGAAUUUGGCUAGAAUGUCAGAUAUUCUUGCUGUCUAUGCAUGGGUUGAUCCUGCAACGGGGUAUUGCCAAGGUAUGAGUGAUUUGCUGUCUCCCUUUGUUGUAAUCUUUGAGGAUAAUGCAGAUGCAUUUUGGUGUUUUGAGAUGCUUUUAAGGAGAAUGAGGGAAAAUUUUCAAAUGGAAGGCCCGACUAGAGUGAUGAAGCAGUUGCAAGCAUUAUGGGAUAUUCUUGAACUAUUAGAAAAAGAAAUGUUUGCCCACCUGUCAAAAAUUGGUGCUGAAAGCCUUCAUUUUGCAUUUCGCAUGUUGCUAGUUCUCUUUCGACGAGAGUUGUCUUUUAAUGAGUCACUUUCAAUGUGGGAGAUGAUGUGGGCAGCUGACUUUGAUGAAUCCUUGGUUUAUGAUUUAGAAGAGGAUUGUCUGGAAGCAUUGGAGUUACAUCUUCCUAGAGACUCAACCAAUGAUAUGAGAGAAGCAAUUGUAAAUACUGAUGAUGGUAGUGUGAAGAAUGGUUCACAAUCAAAUCAUAAUGAAAAAGAGAACACAAAAGCCAGCUCAAAGUCAAAUCAUGACAGAGCUGAUCACUCUGUAUUUGACAUCAAUUCGAAGUCUCUCUCAUCCCAUACCUUUUGUGGCUUGGCAAGGAAUAUCUGGCCAAGAAAUGGUCAAGUUCAAAAGAGUAGUAUUUCCUCAUCAAGGAAAGGAAAUAAUGAGUUGGCCAUAUUCUGUGUCGCUGCAAUUCUAGUUUCAAACCGUCAAAAGAUCAUUCAAGAAACACACUCCUUUGAUGAUAUGAUAAAGAUGUUCAAUGACAAGAUGUUAAAGAUCAAUGUGAAAAGGUGCAUAACAGCAGCAAUCAAACUCCGGAAGAAAUAUUUUAACAAGGUAUUCAAGAAAAUGAACUAUGUUUCAAAGAAAGGGGAUUUGAGACACUGAGUAUUGCUUAUAUGGCUCUGCAUUUCCAAAUUGGAGUUUGGUGUUAAAUUUUUUUAGUCAUUACUCAUCCACUUUGGAUGUGAGACUUGCAGCUUAAAGUGGUUUUCUUUUGGAGGUUCAUCCAGCUGCUGUAUGUCCAUUGUCUUCAUUACUCUUUUUUAUGAGGAAUGUAUUUGAUUGCCUGAAGAUCAUUUUAAAGUGAAAAAGAUUGACAAGGGAAUUUUUCAUCACACUGGUUGGUCCCAGUUUAGAUCAAUUUGCAGUCUCGGAUACAUGGCACAAGUUAUGCAAUCAAUUUCUUUCUUUGAACUUUUGAUUCAGCUCAUUUAUGGAGAAAAUCGUACAAAAAUUAUUACUACCCCGGAGGAUUAGGUUUCGGAAAAAGCACAUGCAUACAAGUAGAAAUACAGGGUGGAUAUAUCGUAGGGAAUUGUUGAAAGAUAUGGAAACAUGUAGUCAAUUUUUGUGGGGGUUUUAAUUGACAGAACUCAGAGGAAGGACAUAUGUUUUAUACACACUACAACAAGAAGAUUUUUUAGUGACUUGAAUGAUUGGAACUCAGAAGUUACAAAAGGACAAAGAGGGUAUUAUUCAUGUAUUAUUCUUUACCUUCGGAACACAAAACAAAUCUGUUUAAACUGGGCAUAUUUGAAUCCACUCUAAACAUUUGAUUUGGCCUCCCACUAAUUUGGGUUGCCCUUGUUUGUGUAUCGGCAA